AUGGAAACAGGAGGACUCCAUGUCCCAGAGUACCGUGCGGCUCGGUGCUUCAGGGUGGACCUGAGAGUGUUUACCGGACCGUGUUGUUUACCGGGCAGUGUUUACCGGACCGUGUUGUUUUCGGGCGGUGUCGGUGAUGUGGACGCGGCGGAGUGCGGGGUGUGCGGGGUGAAGGUGAUGUGUCGCUUCAGGCCGCUGAACGACGCGGAGCGGAUCCGCGGAGACAAAAGCAUCCCCAAAUUUAACGGAGAGGACACGGUGGUGGUGGCGGGGAAGCCGUAUGUAUUUGACCGAGUCCUCCCGCCGACAGCUGAACAGGUUCAGGUGUACGACACCUGCGCCAGGCAGAUCGUCAAAGAUGUGUUGGGAGGAUAUAACGGGACGAUCUUUGCAUACGGUCAGACGUCAUCAGGAAAGACUCACACCAUGGAGGGAAAUCUGCACGACCUGGACCUGAUGGGGAUCAUCCCUCGUAUCGCCAGAGACAUCUUUGACCACAUCUACUCCAUGGACGAAAACCUGGAGUUUCACAUCAAGGUCUCUUAUUUUGAAAUCUACCUGGAUAAAAUCCGAGACUUACUGGACGUGUCGAAGACCAACCUGGCUGUUCACGAGGACAAAAACAGGGUUCCUUUUGUCAAGGGCUGCACGGAACGUUUUGUUUCCAGUCCUGACGAAGUGAUGGACGUCAUCGACGAGGGGAAAGCCAACCGACACGUCGCCGUCACCAAUAUGAACGAGCACAGCUCUCGCAGUCACAGCAUUUUUCUAAUCAACAUCAAGCAGGAGAACGUGGAGACGGAGCUUAAACUGUCGGGGAAACUUUACUUGGUCGACCUGGCAGGCAGCGAGAAGGUGAGUAAAACGGGAGCAGAAGGCGCUGUGUUGGACGAAGCCAAAAACAUCAACAAGUCUCUCUCUGCUCUGGGAAAUGUCAUCGCUGCUCUCAGCGAAGGAAAGAAAAGCCACGUCCCAUACAGGGACAGUAAGAUGACCCGGAUCCUACAGGACUCUCUGGGGGGAAACUGUCGGACCACCAUCAUCAUCUGCUGCUCUCCUUCUGUUUACAACGAGGCCGAAACCAAGUCCACCCUCAUGUUUGGACAGAGAGCUAAGACCAUAAAGAACACGGUGUCAGUGAAUCUGGAGCUGACGGCUGAAGAGUGGAAGAAGAAGUACGAGAAGGAGAAGGAGAGGAGCCGGAGCCUGAACAUCGUCGUUCAGAAACUGGAGAAUGAGCUGAAGCGCUGGAGGAAAGGUGAGUCUGUACCUGUGGAGGAGCAGCUGAGCAGCAGGAGCAAGAAGAGCAGCAGUGAGAUGCCAGCGGAGACGGACAGCUCAGCUCAGCCCCCUGUCCCUCUGUCCGAUGAGGAGAAGACGCAGUACGAGCUGAUCACCGACUUGUACCACCAGCUGGACGACAAGGAUGAAGAGAUCAACCAUCACAGUCAGACGGUGGAGAAACUCAAACAGCAGCUGAUUGAUCAGGACGAGCUGCUGGUGUCCAGCCGUCAGGACUACGAGCGCCUGCAGGGGGAGCUGUCCCAGCUGCAGAGGGACAGCGAUGCGGCCAAACAGGAGGUGAAGGAGGUGCUGCAGGCGCUAGAGGAGCUCGCCGUGAACUAUGACCACAAGAGCCAGGAGGUGGAGACCAAGAACCGCCUAAACCAGCAGCUGAACGAGGAGCUGGCACACAAAACUGUAAGUCUGGAGACAGUCCAGCGGGAGUUGUCCUCACUGCAGGACAUCAGUUCUCACUAUAAGAAGAGGUCCGCAGAGAUCCUCAGUCUGCUGCUCAGGGACCUCAGUGACAUCGGCAGCAUCCUCGGGACCACAGACCUCAAAGCUAUGACGGAGACGAGCGGCGUGAUGGAGGAAGAGUUCACCACAACUCGUCUCUACGUCAGUAAGAUGAAGUCGGAGGUCAAAUCUCUGGUGAACCGCAGCAAACAGCUGGAGGUCAACCUGACGGAGAAUAUCAGCAGGAUGGAGUCCAGUGAGACGGAACUCAACACCUGUCAGCUGCUAGUCUCUCAGCUGCAGGCAAAGAUCGUGUCUCUGACCGACGACCUGCAGAAGGUGGAGCAGAAGAAGAGGAAGCUGGAGGAGAGUCAGGACGCUCUGAUGGAGGAGGUCGCUAAACUCCAAGCUCAAGGUCAGAUGCACGAGGUGACAGUGAUGGACAAAGAGAAAGAACACAUGAGCAGACUUAAGGACGCCGUCGAGAUGAAGAGAACUCUGGAGGAACAGAUGGAGAACCACAGAGAAGUUCAUCAGAAGCAGCUGAGUCGCCUCCGAGACGAGAUCCAACAGAAGCAGAGAGACACCGAUCAGCUCAAAGAUAUGAACCGGGCGCUGCAGCUGGAGAACAGGAAGCUGCAUUCUGACUUGGAGAAACUGAAAGCUGAGGAUCAGAACAAAGAUCAGAAACUCCAGAAACUGUUGUUCCUGAAUGAAAAGCGAGAACAAGCCAAAGAGGACCUGAAGGGUCUGGAGGAGACGGUGGCCAAAGAGCUACAGACGCUGAACUACCUGCGAAAAGUCUUCAUCCAGGACCUCGGCACUCGAGUCAAGAAUAGUUCAGAGAACGACAGCGAUGAAGCCGGUGGCAGUCUGGCUCAGAGACAGAGGAUCAUCUUCUUAGAGAACAACCUGGAGCAGCUCAGCAAGGUCCACAAACAGCUGGUGCAGGACAACGCUGACCUUCGCUGUGAACUACCGAAGUUGGAGAAGCGUCUUCGAGUCACAGUGGAGCGAGUCAAAGCUCUGGAAGGCGCCCUGAGAGACGCCAAAGAGUCGGCCAUGAGGGACCGCAAACGCUACCAACAGGAAGUGGACCGGAUCAAAGAGGUUGUCCGCUCCAAGAAUGUGUCCAGGAGAGGACACUCUGCUCAGAUAGCCAAGCCAAUCAGAGCGGGCCAUCAGCACAAUCAGCAGCUGGCGUCCUCGCCAUCCAUCAGACCGGCCGUCAAGGGAGGGGGGGCGACGUCCAAUCCACGCCAUCAGGCCCCCCGACAGCAACAACAAGCCCAUCACAGCCACAGCAAGUGAGAUACAGGUGGCAGACUUCUCUGGAUCCGUUUCCUUUUCUGUGGAUCUUUGAAAACCCGAACUGUCCUGAACUGUCCUGAACUGUCCUGAACUGUCCUGAACUGUCCUGAACUGUCCUGCUCUCACCACUCUGCCUUCACUGGAAUCAGACUCCUUGUUUCCACAACUGUCCACCUUAACAGCCAUUCCACCUUAACAGCCAACAAGUGCUUUCUCUCUUCCUCUGAGUCUGUUCAGCUCUCUGACUCUGCCUUUCCUUUUUCCGGCACAAAAUCUGCCCGGUGCUCCGAGUCUGUCUUUGUUCGAUAAGUCAUUUCAUGACGAGACAAAUGAUUCAGUUCAAUGUGUUCGAUACGAAGUUCAUUAAGUUAAUCAGCAGUUUUUAAAAUGAAUUAAAUGACAAGUUUAAUGUG